AUGCCCGCCAAGGGCAAGGCCGCUGUCAAAUCUACGCGAGAUGGAAACCUAUCUUCAACGUCAAAAUCACGCCGUUCAAAGCUUGCAAAAGAGAAUGACAUCACAGCAGAAGAAGAAACCGCGGUCAAAGAAGCAUGGAGCCUCUUUCGCCUUGACGAGGUGGAGGAAUACGAAGACGAGAAGGAAGGUGUGAUUCGGACGAGGGACGUGCAGAAUGUGUUGAAAGCACAAGGCCUCGCUCCGAGUAGUCCAUCGCAGAUGCAGGAAUUCAUUGAUACGCUCGAUCCUGAGUCCGAAGGCUACGUGAGGUACCCGCAUUAUCUGGCCUUGUGUGCCAUUCAGCUGAAAUCCAAGACCGAUGAGACCAAAGCAGAAGAAGUCGAAAGCGCCUUCAAUCUCUUCCAUCCGGGUCAAGGUAACGGUGGUCAGGAGCAAGUGAUUCGACUGCAAGACUUACGUGCAGUGGCAACGACGUUGAAGGAGCAGGUCGACGACGACGUACUGAAAACAAUGAUAUUGGAGGCGAACGGGGGGAAGGGUGUCGGCAGGGGUGUGAACAUGGAGGAAUUCCAAGCUAUCAUGACAAGGGCCGGUGUCUUCCAGUAG